AUGACCACCGCGCAACAACCAGACGGAGGUCUUGUCGAUCAGAAGCAGCAACCAGUCGCACUCAAGAUGGCUUCGCCAGACCAGUCGCUGCCCGCAGCGGCGCAACCGACAAACGGCAUCAACGGACACACAUCACCCAAGGUGGCUCCAGCUACCACAUCCGCUGUCGAAGACAACACUCUGUCAAAGCUCGACGCAUCGAAGGAGGAGACCGAGGCACCUACCGAGGCACCCAAGUCACCAGAGAAGACCGAUGUUCAGGCGGAGGAGACGCAGAAGCAACCCGCAGCGGACGAGCCUUCACCGAAGCCCGCGGAAUCGACGGAGACAACAGCUGUUGAGGCCGCGGUUCCUGCACCAGAAGCGCCCAAGGACGAUCCGCCGCCAGUCGAGUCUCUUGCUCCCGCCGCCCCCAAGGAUGCAUCACCAGCCCCGUCCCCUUCCCUUUCUCCGCCGAAAGAGCCAGAAGCACCUGCCGCAGUUGCAUCAGAGCCCAAGGCAAGCCCCGAUCUGCCACCGACCGAAGAACCCUCCGAGGAGAAGUCAGCGCCGGAGCCAAAACCCGCCGAGGAUGUUGAUAUGAUCGAUGCGCCGCAGCCCGAGGCACCCGCCCCGAUGGAGCAGAACGAAGAUGUCCAGCCCACCCAGGCGACCGAGGCCAGCGAGGCGCCGGCCCUUUCGUCUGUUGGCGAGCCCAGCCAAGAUCCGACCGUCAUAUCAAAUGCGGCCCUGGAGAACUCCCAAGAAGAUGUCUCAGCACCUGCCACCGCCGAUACUUCCAUGACCGAUGCUCCUUCGCAACCGGCACCGAAAGUUGCUCGCGAGCGCGAGGAGGAUGAUGUCGAGGAGCCGGUGGCCAAGCGCGCGAGGACCGAGGAAGCCGCCUCUCAACCAGAGGAAUCCUCCAUCUCCGCGCAGCCUCUCCUGCACUCGGCCGACGAGCCUGCCGCCCUCGAUAACAUCGAGGUCGAGAAGCCCCACGUCGCGCGGCCGACACGCGUUCCCGGUGAGCCUGGCAGCAUGGGCGACUUCUCCCAGGACGAGAAGCCCAUCUCCCAGUUUGCGAAUCGCGAGAUACGCAAGGUCCUGGCCAACGUCAAGAAGACCAAGGCCGGUGCGAUAUUCAAGGACCCAGUGAAGACUAAGUGGCCUCACUUGUGGGACGCCUAUAUCGCCAAAGUCGACCGCCCCGUAGAUAUCAGCCACCUCGAGCACGGUCUGCGACAGAAUACAUAUGAGCGCUUUGGUCAAUUCGUGGAGGAAGUCUUCCUUCUCUACGAGAAUUCUCUACAGUUCAACGGUCCGCAACACGACGUCACCGGUCACGCAAAGUCGUUGGUGGAGAACAUUUUCACCCGCAUGGCCGAGGUGCCCGCCGAGCAGCCGGCCAAGCCGGAGCGCAACAACGCCAAGGCACAGGGCGCUCGCACUCACGAGCCCCGUGCUGCAGCCCAGGGCAGGCGCGAAUCCCGCGGUGCCGCCGUCUCACCUAGUGACCAGGUAGUCGAGUCUCCCGUCUACGCCAUCCCUCCCUCGGGCAUGCCCAUGAUCCGACGCGACUCGGCCAAGGUCGACGAUGACCGGCCCAAGCGGCCAAUCCACCCUCCCAAGUCCAAGGAUCUGGGCUACGAACCCAAGAACCUGAAGAAGAAGAAGUCUUCGCUUGAUCACCGCUUCUGCGAUGAAGUGUUGAAGGAGCUCCUGAAGGGGAAAAAUUGGGACGCGAACCAGUUCUUCGAACGUCCCGUUGAUCCCGUCCAGGAUGGCGCACCCGAUUACUUCAAGUUCAUCAAGAAGCCGAUGGACUUGCGUACCAUGCAAGAGAAACUCCAGUCUGGAGAAUACGACUCAUUCAAAGAGUUUGACGCUGACUUCAAGCUGAUCAUCAAGAACUGCAUCAAAUUCAACGGGCCCUUGGACAACGGCCACCUGGUCACAAGUGCAGCCGCCAAGCUCCAGGAUUUGUACAACGCCAAGGUCGCAGAGAAGGAUCAGUGGAUGGCCGCGCACGCGCCUCUGCCGACCGCCGCUAGCCCCGGCGCGGACGCCAAAGACUCUGACGAGGAGGAAGAGGCCAGCGAGCCCGAGGAGGAGGAGGCGGCGCCGGUAUCCAACGCGACCAUUGAAGCCCUUGCCCAGCGCCUUAAGGAGGAGCGAGACAGGCUCAGCUCUCUGAUCGACGCACCACUGCCCAACAUGGCUCUUAUCAAGACCCAGGAGACUGUGGUGAGCAUGAUCACCACGCAGAUAGUGGAGGAGAAGACCAAGCUCGCUCAGCAGGGCGGUCCCCGCAAGAAGGCGUCCAAGCCCAAAGCCGCCAAGGCCAAGAAGGCUGGCGGCGCGGGCGCGGCAGCCGGUGGGGGGAAGAAGGCUGCUGGAGGCGCCGGUGCUGCGAAGAAGUCCGGAGGCGGUGCAAAGAAGGCUCCCAAGGGUCGUGCGGUUAUGGGCCAGCCCGAGAAGGAUGCCAUCACCAACGGAAUCAACCUUCUUGAGGGUAGCAACCUCGAGAAGGCUAUCGAGAUCAUCAAGAAGGAUACUCACCAAGAGGAGAGCGAAGAUGGCGAGCUCGAGCUGGAUAUCGACCAGCUCUCUCAGGACGCGCUCCGGCAGCUGUACGAGCUGGUGGUCAAGCACAUGCCGCACCUCAAGGUGAAGGAGGUCAAGAAGGCGCCGGCGGCGUCGGCGGCGGGCCUCGAGGGCGCCGGCAAGGGCGCCGGCCACAAGCCCAAGAAGCACAAGCCGAUGGGCAAGGCCGAGCAGGAGUCGCGCAUCCAGAAGCUGCAGGAGAUCAAGGCCCAGUUCCAGCGGCCCGGGAGCGGCAGCCAGGAGCCGCUGCCCUCGGUCGAGGGGAACCAGGCGGCUCAGGCGUACGACAGCGACGACGAGAGCGAGGCCGACUCGGAGGAAGAGUAG